CAACCAGUGCCUUUAGCCUCUUCCACCUCCCUCCUCCUUUUCCACUCCUCUAUAGUCGUGUUCUUGUUUCGGUUGCCAGUUCCUUUUUCAUCCAGCGCUCCCACAAAAAGGACUUGGAGGCUUGGCGAAGCCCUCAAGGGAAUACCUGAUGUACAUUGGAAUCCAGGUAUUUCCCCUGGAGCACAAUGCAGUGUGUCAGGAAACAGUCCAGAUUCAGCAAAGCCCAAGAAAUUCGGCUCGAGGAAGAGAGCCGGAAAGUAGCUGCUCUGAAUGGACAAAGGCUAGGUUUACAAGACGACUAUGACCUCAAAUUCCUGCUCCGGGGAAGUCAUCUUUUGAAAGUCAAGUCCACUUCCUGGAGAAGAGAGAGAUUCUACAAGCUCCAGGAAGACUGUAAGACCAUAUGGCAGGAAUCCAAGAAGAUGCUUCGAUCCCCAGAGUCGCAGCUUUUCUCCAUUGAAGAAAUCCAGGAUGUCAGGCCAGGCCAUAAGACCGAAGGGAUGGAAAAAUACGCUAAGGAUGUCCCUGAAGUUCGUUGCUUCUCUAUCAUCUUCAAAGAUCAGAAGAAAAACUUGGACCUCAUUGCUGGCUCUGAAACGGAAGCAAAUCACUGGGUGUUUGGCCUGCGAAAAAUCAUUGCAAAAAGCAAUUCAAUGAGCCAAAGGCAGAAAUUACAACACUGGAUCCAUACUUGCCUGCGGAAAGCAGAUAAAAACAAAGAUAACAAGAUGACCUUUAAGGAACUCAAAAGUUUCAUGAAGGAAGUCAACAUUCAGAUGGAUGACAGCUAUGCCAGGCAAAUCUUUGAGCAAUGUGACAAAUCCCAGACCGACACCUUGGAAGAUGAAGAGAUAGAGGUGUUCUACAAGAUAUUGACGGAACGCAAGGAGAUUGACGGAAUCUUCUCGGAUCAUGCAGGGGAGAAGUCGGUCAUGUCCCUGGAGCACCUGGUUCGAUUCCUCCAGCAGCAACAGCACGAGGAGGGGGAUGGCCCUAAUUUGGCCCUCUCUCUCAUUGAGCAAUAUGAGCCCAACGAAACAGUUAAAAUACAGAAGUCCAUGAGCAAAGAUGGUUUCCAGAUGUAUUUGCUUUCUGCGGAUGGGAAUGUUUUCAAUAAAGCUCACAACCAAGUGUAUCAGGAUAUGACCCAACCCCUCAGCCAUUAUUAUAUAUCUUCUUCGCAUAAUACCUACCUCAUGGAAGAUCAGCUAAGAGGACCCAGCAGUACGGAAGCCUACAUCAGAGCUUUGAUGAAAGGUUGCCGAUGUGUGGAACUCGAUUGUUGGGAUGGCCCGAACUCUGAGCCAGUCAUCUACCAUGGUUACACAUUUACGUCCAAGAUCCUCUUCAGGGAUGCCAUCAAAGCCAUCAAGAAUUAUGCUUUCAAGAUCUCUCCGUAUCCUGUCAUUAUAUCUCUGGAGAAUCACUGCAGCAUUGACCAGCAGAAAAUGAUGGCACACCACCUCCACUCCAUUUUGAAGGACACCUUGCUGGUGGCACCAAUUGAUCCCAAAGGAACCAAAUUGCCUUCCCCAGAGCAAUUAAAAGGGAAAAUUCUUGUGAAAGGGAAGAAGUUAACUCCAGAAACAGAAGAGGUUUCAGAUGAAGAUGAAGCCGCUGAAAUGGAAGACGAGACUGUGAAAAGUGAGGUAGAAAAGAAGAAAUUGAGCGACAAGCUAAAGCUUGCCAAGGAGCUGUCAGACACUGUCAUCUACUGUAAAAGUGUCCAUUUUCAAGGAUUUGCUGAGUCACAGCCUCCUGACGAGAUGUGUUCUUUCAGCGAAGGCAAAAUCCUUAAAGUGGCUCAGGAAUCAGCUAUUGACCUAGUGCAUUAUAAUGUCCAGCACCUAAGCAGGAUCUAUCCAGCAGGUUGGAGGACUGACUCGUCCAACUACAACCCGGUCGAGAUGUGGAACUUGGGUUGCCAGAUAGUUGCUUUAAAUUUCCAGUCCAGGUGCUCAGAAAUGGAUAUACACCAAGGCCAAUUCCAAGAAAACGGAGGCUGUGGCUAUAUCCUAAAGCCAGAAUUUCUUCGGAACGAGCAGUCCAAAUUCAAUCCCAGAUCCAUCACGGAGGGGCCGUGGUACAGCCCUAAAAAAUUCCAGGUUAAGAUUAUCUCUGGCCAACAACUGCCAAAAGUUAACAAAAGCAAAAAUUCCAUUGUGGACCCGAGGGUGAUUGUGGAGAUCCACGGUGUUCAGCGGGACAACAGGAAGAACCAAACCAAAGUAAUCGAUAACAAUGGUUUUAAUCCAACCUGGAAUGAAACAUUUGAGUUUGAAAUUGACGUACCGCAACUUGCCCUAGUCCGUUUUGUGGUAGAAGAUUUUGAUGCCUCAACGAAAAAUGAUUUUAUCGGGCAAUUCACAGCUCCCUUCACAAGUCUGAAGCGAGGUUACCGCCACAUUCACCUUUUGACAAAGAGCGGAGAUCAAUACCCAUCUGCCACCCUCUUUGUGCAUAUCAACAUUUCGGACAGUUGUUAAAAAGAAGAAACUAACUUCAGAGAAUGCACAAGGAAUCUUUCUCUCUCUUUCUCUCUUUUUUUUACAUUUCCAGACAGACUUUUAGUCCCCUCAGCCUGGCAAAGAAAAACUCAGCUCUUUGAAGGCAGUGUGUGUGGUGGGCCAUUCAUGCCUUAAUGCCAGUUGAAUAUUUAAGUUGGAAAACAGCUAGAAAAUGUUACCUUUUAAAAGUUGUGCUUUAACUUUUAAUCCUAGUUGCUUUUCUAGGGUGAUAGAGGCAGCCCACAACUCUCAGCAGCUCUUACUGGUGUUGUAGGAGGAGGAGUAAUAAAGAGCAAAUAUGUUUUUUAAAGGUUUAUUUUAGUGCAAUCUGAAUUCCGUUUGUACGUCUCCAAAUUUUAUGUUUUCUUGUAUGACAGUGCAAAGGUUAGUGGGGAAAACCAUACAUUCCCUAUGCUAAAUGAAGGACAAUUGCUUUAUAAAAAGUGCGCGUCAGAAGGAAGAAAGUGUUAGGGAAAAUACUGAAGAAAAAUAAAAACACGUACAGCUAGUCCUUGACUUACAACCAUUUGUUUAGCAAUCAAAGUUACAACUGCACUGAAAAGGUGAUGGAAGUCCAAUCCUCUUACUUACGACCCUUGGACCCUCCCUACCGUCACAGGAUCAAAAUUUGGGAGCUUGUAUUUGUUCCAAUUGCAGCUUUACAUUGUGGGAUCUUCUCAGCUGGCUUCUGUCCAGAAAAGUCAGUGGGGGAAACUGGAUUCACUUAACAUCUGAUACACUUCACCACCACCAGUGAUUUGCUUAACAACCAUGUAAAAAAAAAAGUUGUAAAAUCAGGGCCGAUUCACUUAACGAUGGCCCUGCUUAGCAAGGCAAAUCCUGGUCCCAAGUGCAGUUGUAAAUCAAGGACUCCCUAUAUAUGUUGUUUUAAUGGUAACUUAAAAUAUUUGCCAGCUUCUGCAAAAAAGACUUUCAAAUUGGGAAACUGAGAAAAGGAACUUAACUCAGAUUUGAUACACAGUGUGAUCCUAGGAUCGACCUGCAGGAUGAUUAAAGUGCCUUUGCUUCUGUAAUCUGCACUGCUAAUCCUCAUUGUUGCUAAAUUCCAGCUAUGAUUUAUUAAUUAUAUUUCAUUAUUUUCCUUUGGGGGGAAACACUAAUUUGCCAAUUCAGCACAGAUGUUAUGUCUGGAAGAGUUACGCUAAAGGUGAAGGUUUCUCUGUCCAGUCGUGUCUGACUCUAGGGCAGAGGUUCCCAAACUUGGCAAGUUUAAGACUUGUGGACUUCAACUCCCAGAAUUCCCCAGGCAAAAGGGUCAUCAAAUUGCUCUGACUUAAUUACUGCCUUGCUUAACAAUGGAAAUUCUGGUCCCAAUUGUGCUCAUAAAUUGAGGACCUUCUGAUACUCUAUGUACUUGUUUCUGGGCACUUGAAGAUGUGUGAACUUCAACUCCCAGAACCCUCCAUGCUGCCUAAGGAAUUCUGGGAGUUUAAGACCACCCAUCUUCAAGCUGCCAAGUUUGAAACACUAAUUGUUGGAAUUUUCCAUCCAUCUUAUUAUUACUAUUAUUAUUAUUUUAAAAAGCAAAGUAUAGCCAUGAGGAUUUUUCUACAGGAAUCCCUAUAGGAUAGCAGAAUGCCACAUUUCCAACCAUGGUUGAAUCCUGGCCAUGUUGAAAUAGAACUCACCACAAAGUAACCACAGGACUAAACUGGGAUAUUUCCAGAGUUUUGAUUUGAUGCCUCAAAAUGGAUUUGAUGAUCUGUCCUUCUUAUAGUUAAAAAAUAGGCACAGCAAUAUUUUUAGGGUGUGGUUAAAAAAAAAAAAACCAAGAGAGUAGCCAUAUUGUUUGAUGCCUAGACUAUUGUGGCUGCCAUCUUGGUUUUUUAUUUCUUUUCUCCACCCUGCAGAAGCCCCACUGUUUGUAAUUCUGAUCAGUUUUAUCACUCAAGAAAUGCACAACACAAAGGCUUUCUAACCCCGUGACUGGCAUAAAUUCUCCCACACACUCUUCUGAGAUUCCACUGGCAUCACUGACCUAUUUUUUUCCCCUUGAGUUUAAAUUAGCAACAAUAAGGACUAGUAACUUGACCAAUCAGAACCUCAGGGUGCUUCUUAUAACGCCAACAUUGCACGUUCUGUCAUUUGCUGCAUCAGCAAAGUGGCAAUACACGCAUAGCUUGAUUUUUAUUUUUGUAACUGCUAAAAAUAUCCUUUUUUGGAAAAAAAAUCACUAAGUCCUCACACUGUGUAUUUGACUUCUGACAGUUUUGUGGUUUGGGGCCUGGGGUAAACACAAUGGUAGUCCAGGCUUAGUUAUACUAGAGUAGAAGUGAAAUUAAUAGUUUACUUCAAAUAGUUUACUUCAAAUCCAGCUAGUGGAUAUUUGGUUGAUAGCAUUUUAUUGGUAAUGAGCUGUAAUUUAGUUUAAACCUUGAUUAUAAUCGUGAAAUUAUUUUUGAAGGAAAAUAAAUUGUGAGUUUAUUUUGUUUCUAUAAACGUUUUGUACUUGCUGCAAAUAUAUGCAGGAAUUUUCUAAGGAGAGCAUUUUAUUCCAAAUGGAUCUGAGAGCAGAAACUCAACUUUCAUCAGCAAAUCUAAAUGACCUAAAAUAAUUUCUUCCAAAUCCACCAGAUGAAUAUUUGAAUUAACAAAGUUGUUGGCAGUCCUUGACAGUUAUUGGAUUACUGUGAUGUAAUGAAAUCUUUAAUAAAGAUUUUUCUUCGAA